ACCAUUUUAAAUAAGGAUGCUGCUCCCUUCGUUACGGACGUUGGUGUCGUGUGGCUGUCGAAAUGCUGGGAGAGGAUUUCAGCAGAGCAAUCGGACUCCUCAUUUGCGGCAAUGGCUGGCGAAGAGAAGCCAGCACUCCAUCACAGCAGAGGCAGGAGCCAACACAGCUCCAGCUACAGUUCCCAACGCGGCCACCAAUCGGAUCCUCGGCCGAUGGCUGUUGGGCUGCAGUGGACUGGUGGUCGGGGCAGUGGUGUUGGGAGGUGUCACAAGGCUGACGGAGUCAGGGCUCUCAAUGGUAGACUGGCACCUGGUGAGAGAGAUGAAGCCUCCUCAGACUCGGGCCGAGUGGGAGGCUGAGUUUGCCAAGUACCGGCAGUUCCCAGAGUUCAAAAUAAUGAACCAUGACAUGACUCUACCAGAGUUUAAGUUCAUCUUCUACAUGGAGUGGGGCCACAGGAUGUGGGGCAGGCUGGUAGGGCUGGCCUAUGUCCUCCCCACGAUCUACUUCUGGAAGAAAGGCUACUUCAACAGAUCUAUGAAGGGACGUGCACUGGGACUCUGUGGAUUUGUGUUCUUUCAGGGCCUCCUGGGCUGGUACAUGGUGAAGAGUGGUCUGGAGGAGAAGCCAGAGUCCUAUGAUGUCCCCCGAGUCAGUCAAUAUCGCUUGUCUGCUCACCUAGGGUCAGCUCUGCUGCUCUACUGUGCUAGUCUAUGGACCGGACUCACACUGCUGGUCGAGCCGCACAAGUUGGCUAAUACUAAGCGUCUGAACCAGCUGAGGAGGUUUGCUAAGGGCACUGCAGGAUUGGUCUUCCUCACCGCACUCUCAGGUGCGUUUGUAGCAGGGCUGGAUGCUGGGUUGGUGUAUAACUCGUUCCCUCUGAUGGGAGACAGAUGGAUCCCUGAUGACCUCCUGGCCUUUUCUCCAACACUCAAGAACUUCUUUGAGAACCCCACCACUGUUCAGUUUGACCAUCGAGUUCUGGCAAUCUCGUCUCUGACGGCCAUCACAGGUCUCUAUAUGUUCUCCAGGAGGAUGAUGCUACCUAGGAGAGCUAAGAUAGCCAUAUCCUGCCUUACAGCUAUGGCCUAUGCGCAGGUUGCCCUGGGCAUCAGUACCCUACUUCUUUACGUGCCCACUCCCCUGGCAGCGACCCACCAGUCAGGCUCUGUCGCCCUGCUCUCAUUGGCCAUCUGGGUCCUCGCAGAGCUCAGGAAGGUGGCCAAGUAGAUGCCCACUUUGCCAUGACUCGAUCAGGCCUCCAGAGACAAACCAGUCCAAGGGGGAAAAAAAUAAAGAAUAUUGACAAGAUGCUCCAGGAAGAAAGAGAGGAGAGAAUCAUUCUAUAAAACAAUGGAUUGGAUCUUUUGAUACUAUGUCGGGGAACUUCUAUGUUGCAAAGCUGCAAGCUCCUUUCACCGGUUUGAAGUUAUAUCAUAACAUUAGAAUUCAGUUAUAUAAAGGUUGUUUUGAUUGAUGCAAUGGCAAGAAUGUUCAAGCUUAUUUCACUACAUUUUUCCCCAGCAGUGCAGUGGUUGGGCCACGUGGUGAGUCGCCUGUAGUUUAGAAAUAUCACUGAAAGGCAUUACUGUAGCUGACGACAGGUUACAUUUCAAUGUCACUAGAUAGCGACUAUUAAUAAACUGAAAUUGAGUUGAGUAGUGUAGAAUUUUAGCAACCAGGAAAUUAGCGAUUUACACUAGAUGACACGGCCACAAAUUCAGAACAGCUUUCCAAGUUUGAAAACAGAUUUGACUCCGGCGGGAGAAAUCAAUAGGUGAAUAUCACAGCCGAUCACAACACUGCCGGGUAAGUAAUACUGUGAAACACUGAUUCCAGUGUUAGUGGCAGACAUAUUACGGACAUUUUCAUAAAUUAUAUUGCAAAACUUCUGAAAAGAAAUCCUAUGUUGGCACAUUUUAAUGCCUUCAGAAAGUAUUUAUACACCUUGACUUAUUGUUGUUGUUAGAGCCUGAAUUUCAAGAAAUAAAAAAACUCAUCCAUCUAUAGUGCAUUCGGAAAGUAUUCAGACCCCUUCACCUUUUCCACAUUUUGUUACGUUACAGCCUUAUUCUAAAAUUGAUAGUUUUUUUUUAUUACUCUUCACACUACCCCAUAAUGAUAAAGCAAAAAACGGUUUAGAAAUGUUUGCAAAUAUAUAUAUAUAUAUAUAUAUAAAAAACGAUCAUAUUUACAUAAGUAUUCAGACCCUUUACUCAGUACUUUGUUGAAGCACCUGUUUUCAUUUUGUCAUUAUGGGGCAUUGUGUGAGAAUUAUUAUUUUUUUGAUUUCGGGCUGGAACGCAAAAGUCAACUGAUCAUUUAAGGCUUGCAUACAAUAAUUACAUAAUACUAACGGGUACAUAGGAAGUGUGUGUGUGCCUUUUGCUUCUGAAAAGGACAGGACAUGAAUGCUUUUGACUUGAGUUGUUUCUCAAACUUUGACUUCUGUCUGUUUCUGCUGAUCAAUGCACUGCCUCUUGAUUUUUUCUGUAUUUUCAUACUGAGGUGAAUAUUAAUGCUUGCGGUACCACAGAUCUAGGAUCAGUUACCCAACCCCCCCCAAUCCUUACCUGAACGAUUGAGGUAUACCGGCAUAUCUGAGCCAGGAUCAGUGGCUGGAGGGCAAUCUUUGUAUGUUAAAUAAUGUAUUAUAUAUUGGUUUAGGACACUUGUGUUGGGUAUGUGUGUGAUAAAUACAUAUGGAAUCUUGA